AUGGACACAACAAAGCCCAGCCUCGAACGUGCCAACCCAACCACAGCUCUCGACCCAGAAAAGAACGACCAAAACACCGCCCACCUCCCCCGCUGGCGCAAAUGCAUCAUCCUCUUCGUGGUCAGCUGGAUGACCCUCGCCGUGACCUUCUCGAGCACCUCGCUCCUCCCCGCGACGCCCGAGAUCGCGGCGGAGUUCGGCACCACCGCCGAGCUGCUGAAUAUCACGAACGCGGGCGUGCUGCUGGCGAUGGGCUUCUCGUCGCUUAUCUGGGGCCCGGUGACUGCGCUGCUGGGGCGCAGGGCGGCGUAUAAUCUGGCGAUUGUCUUGCUGUGUGGGUGUUCCGUCGGGACGGCGCUUGCGGGGGAUAUCACGGUGUUUACGGCGUUUAGGGUGGUGGGCGGCCUGACGGGGACGUCGUUUAUGGUGCAGGGGCAGACGAUUCUGGCGGAUAUUUUUGAGCCGUCGGUUCGGGGCACUGCGGUGGGGUUCUUUAUGGCUGGGUCGGUGACGGGGCCGGCGAUUGGACCGUGUAUCGGCGGCUUGGUUGUGACCUUUGCCCACUGGCGCAUCAUCUUCUGGGUGCAGGUUGCCAUGGCCGGGCUGGGCCUCGUCCUUUCGCUGCUCUUCGUCCCGGAGAUUCGGGUCAGGAGAGAAGGCGUCCGCGACCAAGGACGCCGUCUGUCCGUGCGAGAUGUCCUGGCCAUGUUCAAUCCCGUCCGUAUCUUCCGGCAGUGGCUGUACCCCAACGUCUUUCUAUGCGAUCUCACCUGCGGCCUCCUCGCCAUCUUCCAGUACGCCCUCCUCACCUCCGCCCGCGAGAUCUUCAACCCCCGCUUCAACCUCACCUCCGCCCUCGUCAGCGGCCUCUUCUACCUCGCCCCCGGCGCGGGCUUCCUGCUGGGGAGUAUCCUCGGCGGUCGACUAUCCGAUCACACCGUGAAACGGUAUAUCGCUCGCCGCGGGGGGCUGCGGCUCCCGCAGGAUCGAUUGAACAGCGGGCUGGCGACGCUGUGCGGGGUGAUGCCCAUCGCGGUGCUGGUAUACGGGUGGACGCUUGAGACGGGGGCUGGGGGGAUGGUUGUGCCUGUCAUUGCGGCGUUCUGGGCCGGCGUGGGACUCAUGGGCUCGUUUAAUGGGUUGAAUACGUAUGCUGCUG